CUCCUUGGUUUUGUUGUUGGGAGACAGAGGCGCCUGACAGGAGACUGACUCCUCUUCAAGGAUCAUAACGAGAGCUGAAACCACAGAUGAGAACAAUGUCUGAUGAGACAGAACAGAGAAUGUGUGACGAGGACUUCGGUUCGGACGAGGAGGGCGAGGAGGGAGACGUGGAGUCGUACCUGGAAGACAACAGCAGCGAGCUCGUCGACCGACUGAGAGAGCUGGAGGCAGAAAACUCUGCUCUGAUGUUGGCAAAUGAGAGUCAGAGAGAAGCUUAUGAGAGAUGCUUGGAUGAGGUGGCCAACCACGUGGUCCAAGCUCUGCUAAAUCAGAAGGAUCUGAGAGAGGAGUGCAUUAAGCUGAAGAUGUUGGUGUUUGACCUGGAGAGACAGAACAGAGCGCUUUGUGAGCUCUUUCAGCAGAAACUGCCCAACCACCCCACUGCUCACUACCAGGUCCAGGCGGGACCACUCCCAGACUACAAUGCACAGCUGCACAAUGACUCUGCCAAACAGGUGGAGCCGGCACAGACUGAAGCACAAGCCAAGGGAAAUGGCUACCGCACACAACAUGCCUCCCCGGGCCCUCGUGGCCCCGCCGCCUCCAUGGAGGCCUUGUCUCCCUUCUUCAAGAAGAAAGCACACAUCCUGGAGGUCCUCCGCAAGAUGGAGGAGACGGACCCUCUGAAGUUCCACCCGUCCACCACGAGCUUGUCUUUCUGCGACUACAGCCAGGUGCUCAUGUCCACAGAGGCUGUUCUGGCCACUGCGGACCCCCUCCCGCUACAGUGCAAAACCCACCACACACACUGCCACUGCUCCUGCUCUGACGCUGACACACACCAGCAUGUCAACGGCGACGGGGCGGUAAAGUGUGAGGCUGGGAACACCUGCUGUUUACACUGCAAGAGGAGCCCAGACAGUCCUCCAAAGCCAUGCAACCACGUCUGUAGUCCUUUAAAAGCCAACUCCGCCACCCAGAGCCAUGUAGUUCCUGCAGCUGCUAUAAGCGAAUGUCACAGUAAGAGCAGAACGGUGGAGUCUGUUCCCCCGUCUAAACAAUGCACCAAGAAUGAAGCCCACCAGCAACCAGCAGGCGCCACCGCCCACUCCUUAAUCACAGAAACCGCAGAACAGAGCCUGGAGGUGAUGGGAGGGGAGCAAGAGCAGGAUAUCUCUGAGAGUCUUAACGCUGCUGCCCCUGAAGAGCUCACUGGGUUCAGUUCUGUGAAGGACAGCACACAGAUCUCCCACUGUGACAUAGAGACAAGUGAUGGCGUUCACAACGGCUUAGCCUCCAUCAACGCCAUGUCGAAUGACCCCUCAGCCGCCCCCGAGAAAGACAGCACAGAUCAGGAGGCUUCCUCUGUGAGAGCCGGAGCCUCCGUCAGCCCCAGCCCCUCCUGCCUCAGCGACGUCAAAGCCGCCGCCAUCAACUCCCCGUCCAAACUGCUCAAGUUCCUGAAGAUAGGCGAGAAGUCUCAGCCUUCAACCGCCGCCGUCCGUCUGAGCCCCCAGCUCACCCGCAGCUCCAGGAUCCCCUGUCGCACAAACAACUACGAGGUGUACCACUCGCCUGUUCCCACACGCAGAGCCACCACCACAGAGAGGUGCCGGCAGCCCCCGCCACCGCCCUCUAGGUCGGAGUCGUACCCCGCCACACACUCGGCCCCAACCUCCCCUCCGCAGCCUGAAGACGUCUGCUCCCCGCCCGCUAAGGAAAUAAGCUACAGCAGCCUCUCUGCGCCUAAAGCCAACGCUGGCUCCAAGGUUGGCGCUCCUUCCUCCUCGCCCAAAGUAUCUCAGAGGGUCCCUCAUUAUGAAAACGUCUGUAAUAUGUCCACAAGCUCUAGAGAGGAGGAGCCAACCCAGGGCCUCGAGAAAAGAACCACACUUCCAUCCCAAACAAAGGCAAACAGUGGUGAAAGGAAGCUUGUUAAAUCGCUACCAGAAAGCGUCCUCAACCCCCCUCCUCAGCGAAAGCAGUCAUCCUCGUCCACAUCGGAGUCCACAUCAGAUGAUGAAGAGGAUUCAGACAGCCCAGUGUGGGUUAACCAUCACAGCCUGCCCAACUCUGCCCUCAGCAAGGCUCAGGGCAGAGUUAACUACUCCCAACCCAGAGAGAAACAGGAGGCCGAUGUAAGAGAGAUCCCUGUGCAGAGCUCGGGGGCUGCCCAGCCGCUGCCGCCCUCCUCCCCCGCCAGGAGGAGCGACUCCUCUUCCAUCCCCAAGAGGCCUGUGGCCGGGGUGGUGAGACCCCCGGCCGAUUCCAGUCACCACGCUUUCAAAGACAGGCUGGCUGCGCUGGGCAAGCUGAGGAGCUCUGAGGAUUUACAAGUCGGUCUCAGGCCGGUGGACGCGGUCAAUGAGGGCACCUACGGGGAAGAAAGGAGUAAGACAGCGGAGAGGCCCGUGGAGCUCCAUAAGGAGGAGCAGAGACAUUCAAAAUACACAGACUCUUUGGAUGGUAAAGUAAAAGGUGGUGGUGGUGGUUUGAAGUACCCGGGUUCAUCGCAUGCGUACGAACAGGCAGUAAAAUCUCAGCCGCCGGUUCCAGUGGUGGUCAAACAAGAACUGUGUGUGACCAAGACUGAAGGCUCCAAAAGCAAAAUAGGUCUGCCGUCCCCCAACGCAGACGCUCCGCAGGUACUACGCAACAACAUCAAGUGUCCUGGCUCCCUGAAUCUGGCCUACAACCUUAAACCAGGUGUCGGUCCUCACAGUAGCAACAGCCCCAACAAAAUCCCCCCAAAGUCGCCGUCCAAACCUUGCCAGGGUCCGUCCGUCCACAGAGGGGGGAAGCCCCCCGAGGCCCCGCGUUACUCGUCCAAAUCAGAGGAGAGGACCAAGAUCGGCGGGAAAGGGAAGAAGAAUCCGAUGUACGGAGACAGCCUGCCGCCUCCUCCCCCGAGACCUCCCACGUCUGAGGGGGAGAAGCCGCUGCAGCCGGUCCCCAGCCCGCAAUCCGCCAUCGAGCAGAAGGUCAUGAAGGGCAUCGAGGAGAACAUGCUGAAGCUGCAGGAGCAGGACAGAGGAGGGCAGAGCACCGAGGUGAAGCAGAAAGCCUCCAACGGCAUCGCGAGCUGGUUCGGCCUGAAGAAGAGCAAGCUGCCCGCGCUGAGCCGCAAGGCCGACGCGACCAAAGCAAAAGACGAGAAGAAGGAGUGGAAGAUCAACAUCCCCUCAGUGGGCAGGGACUCUGUGAAAAUGGCCACCAGGUGUAAAGAAGGAGUGGAAGGUCUGAACAUCUCGACUCUGAUGGAGAAGGCGGAGGGGCUGAGGAGGGCCCUGGAGGAGGAGAGGGCGUACGUGGAGAGGUCGGGCAGGGGUCACUCCUGUGAGGUGGUGAUGGACCAAGCUCAGGGACAGCUGGCUGUCAUGUACAGAGGAGCGCGCUCGGACAACUUCAUGCAGCAGCUGCUGAACAGAGUGGACGGGAAGGACGUGAUCAGCGUGCCCCAGCGCCGGCUCUCGUUCGACUGCAAGUCGUCCAAACCGGUGUUCAGUCAGCAGAGCGACCUCAUCAGUCACACCAGCAGCCGCGACGAUAUGGAGAAGGGAUCAGACAGACUCGGCAAGAUCACGUCAGAUGAAAACCUCGCCGAUUCGGUUCACUCUCAGCACUUCGCAGGUUCUGGUGCUUCCACGUACACCCUUGACAGCGGCAUCGGUACGUUCCCCCUGCCCGACUGCAGCAGCGGCGCAGCGGGACGCAGCCUGUCCAAGACGAGGGCCGGGGCCGAGCACCACUCCUCGGGCUCCCCGGGGAGGGCCGGUCGACGGGCCCGCACCCUGGACAGAGAGCUGACGUCGCAGGAGGAGUGCUACGUCCCUCACAAACAACUGAUCCCCACCAUUCAGUACGGCUCCAUGCUGGAGGGGAGGAGCUCCGCCGCCGUCAUCCGCGAAGAUAAAGAGGCUCACGGGCCGAACAUGUUUUCCCCUCGCUCGAAGACUUGGACCUUCCCCAACCUGAAGACUCCGGCAGGACCUGCAGAGGUUUACCUGGCAGUGGAGGAGGAAGAGGAGGAGCCGGUGCCCUUCGGAUCACCGUUCAGAGGGAGCAUGAAGGCCGGCGGUCCUUCCUCCAGCCGGGUGGUGGACCCGGGCAGCCUGCCCGUCCCCGCCCAGUCCGGGAUGAGCCGCAGGGGAAAGACUCGCACCCCCAGCGUCCCCGAGAUGAGCCGGGAGGCCGGGCUGGAGCUGCUCAGGGAGCGGCCGGAGGAAGCCCUCUCCCCGAGCCGCCCUCAGGUCCUGGAGACGCCCGAGUCGCUCAGCGAUUCUCUGUACGACAGUCUGUCGUCCUGCGGCAGCCAAGGAUGAUCCAGCCAACGGACGAGGGGAGGACAGGAUGCUCAUGUAGUCCACAGACAGUUAGACCCAGCUCCGCUCUGAACACGUCUCCUGGUUCGCCGGCUGUACCGCGAUGCUGCUGACACCCGCCGCCACCUUUUUGAGGAAAAGAAACUGUCCCCCCCCCCCCGCCCCCUCUCAUCAGCUGAUUCUCCAUUGCAACUGGAAAGAUAGAUCGAUAGACUUCUCCUCAGGAUUCCCAAUAAACAUGAAGCCAAAAGCCACCAGAAUAAUAUAGGUUGUUCACUUUUUCACCAUCAGACUCGACUGUGGACACUUCUCUUUCAUUCAUGUAUACAGGACUACAAAAAACGCAUGGCUAAGCUAAUGGUUAGCACAAACAGUUGUCACUCCCGGUAGUUGCUCAGCAACCUGUCUUUUGUUUUUCUCAUCCUGGUAGACGGAGCAGCGAGGCUGGAGCUGAUCAGUACUGUACUGUAUCAAUACAUCCGUUCUCAUCGUUUCACCACACAGUGUAUUGAGAAAAAAAAAACUAAAACAUGGAGCUCCUUAAAAAAAUGAAUGUUCAUGUCUGUGAUUCUUUAUUGCUAAAAACUCAUCACGAUUUUAAAUGUACAAACGAUUUUAUUGAUCAUGUUGAUAUUGUUUUGCGACCGAGGAAGGUUGUCAGAAUAUGUCUGUUUUAAAUCAUAAUACAUUUAAAGGUAAUAUAUACCAGCAAUAAUAACAUAGAUAAGAGAAAUGGCUACACUAUUCAAUGAAUAUGUAUUUCUAUUAUUUAUUUAUUUUUAAUGUACAUCAUCUUUUUUUUUUUUUUAUCUUUCUGUGAAAAUUGCAGUCCUCCUCGCUUAGUAGAUUAUGUUCAUAUCUUGUAUUUCCACAUCUCUGUUGCUGUUCGUUCCCUAGCCAAUAGAGGUCCUAUGUACCUACUGCCGUUUUACAACUUUCUAAUUAAAAUGUUUUGAUUUAA